AUGUCAUCGCGCUCGACCGCCAUUAUCUCACACGGCGAGAUUGAUGCAAAUGCUCUUGAAACGUAUGGCAAAACUGGAGAUGUGUUGCUCCGAAUCGGAAACGGCGGUGCAGGUGCUACUGGCUUGAUCAAAGAACUUGCCCAAGACUACUUGGAGGCUCGACGCAACCAUGGUUUGAUUGAGUGGAUGUGUAACCACUCCCGCAACACGCAGCUAGCGCUACUGAAAGGGUUCAUUGACUUUGCCUUGACUUAUGAACGCGACCAGGAAGCUUUAGCUCAGGCCGAAGGAUGGUCAUACACGGCUGGAUGCGUAUUUCACGACCACUUUUGCCUAGCCGGGCCCCUUACAGACCCUGCGGGACUGGCAUCCGCAGACUCAUUACCUAAUGCUUUCGAGAAGAUCGCUGCCUCGGGCAGCCUAUUUCACAGCCGUGUCGACCAUUCUGCAACUAUGUGGAAAGAACGCGAAAUCUGGUCUCUGACUGGCCGGGAGCCAUGGGAAGACCAAGCGUCAACAUCAUCCUGGUACAAGACAAGCAUUCUAUCGCCACCAGAGGCUCUUAAAGGGGCUGAUGCCGCUGGUGCCUACUUCCUAAUUGAUCGGUCAACAGUUUUGCGACAGACUGGACUUGGCACCAUUUCCAAUUCUACCAUCUUCUUCGAGCCAACUCACUCAAAGGAUAUUUUGAUGAACAGUUGCUAUGCUUCAUUUUCACCAGAUAUGGUAAAGGCGGAUAUCCCUGCGGCACGCCACGUACGCGGAUUUUUCUUGUACCUUGUGUCGCCCCGAGGUCAGGCGGUGAUUCGUGACUAUGGCAUCGCGCAGACAGGAUUGCCUCUGUUCGCUCCUGUCGAAGAUGGUGUCGCGUUGACGCGUUUGCGCGGAGGACGCCCAAUUGGCGGCAAGUGGGUAAAGGACACCGAGUUGUUGAAGGCAAGAUUGUAA